UUCUCUCCUAUAACGCACCCACUCAGAGAAUCUGCCACAGAGAUGAUUUCUCUCGUCGCAGCAUCUGAGAAAGAAGACGCAAUUCGUCUCUAGUCGACUUUUGCUCUUUGCCCAGUGAGAAAUUGCCCGUUUUUUCCAUCCUCCACUUUCUGUAUACUUAAAAAAUCAGAACUCUUUUUUCUCACUUUGAAAAAAAAAAGAAGCAUCCCUCACUUUUGUGGUGUGUCUCCUUUUGGGAAAUUCCAUACUUUUUAUGCAAAAUACAUUUUUUAAAUGAGAAAAGUGAAGAAAAAACCUCAGGUGAUUUAGACAGUCCGCCCAGAAGUUACGUGGGUGAAAAAAAAGUGAAAGAGGGAUGAUUUUUCGUGAAAGUUUAAAGAAAAUUUUCAUUUAAGGAUUUUCCUCAAAAACCAAAAUGGAUAAAAUGUGGUGCCAAAUGAACAAUUUAAUAGAAGGGUGGUGAAUAGCAAGUGUUCCUCAAUUUGUUGCACCUUUGCGACAGGUUUUGAGUCCGCCUUCGGAACGCCCACCUAAUAUUUGGGAGGAAAAAAAUAAAGUCCUGUGAAUGAUGAAAAAAAUACACACUGUAUCUUGGAAUAUCAACCAUCUUCUCUUUUCAAAAUGAAGAUGCGAUAAGUCACUGGAAUUUCUUAAGAUACAACAGAAAAUUGUAUUUCAGGAGUCUUCAAGAGUUCUUAAAAUUAUUGUGGUGUUAAAAGUGCAUAAAAAAUUAUCGUUAAAAAAGACAUUUUUGUGUGAGUGUUAAAAUACAAAAAAAAAUCCGCAAAAGAAGGAAAGUAAUGUGUGGGUGUUUCUGGACGAGUUGCCAGAGAAUGUCAUUUUGUGAAUAUAUUGUUCACAUACCGAUAUCAGUAACGACACAUGGCGUCAGCUGAAGUGCCCCAGGCACGCCGACGCAAUCACGCACAACACGCACUGAGGAUGUCACAUAGUUGUGAGGCAAUGCGACGGCACCUGUGGCUCUUUGUGGUCCUUGUGGCCUCAACACCUGCCCUCGUGACAACACAGAGGCCCCUGAGUAAUUCCUCAUCUGCAUCUUUUGCUUCAGGUGUCGUUUUAGGACCACAAAUGCAUGUGCCAACGACAAAUACACCACAUGCUGUUGAUCCAUUUGCAUCGAAUGGUGGUCAGAUGAAUUCAUACUAUCCUGGCUCCUAUACUGGACGCAGUCGAAAUAAAGAUAAAUUCAAUGAGCUUCGUAAUCUUUCGCUCAUGAAUAAUGUUCGCGCCGUGGAGCCUGUUGCUGGGCGUGAUACACGACCAUCUCUGUGGAACUACAAAGAUCGUCAGGGGGAUGAUCCUGUCUAUCCACCGCACAGCAAAGAUCCAGUUUUUAAUCUCAAGGAGCGCUUCAAAGAAAAACUGAAUACAAAGUCAGACCAUGAAAGUGAGAUAGAUGAUGUGCUGGGUGUAAAAUGCAGUUUUGAAACAGAAUGCGCCUGGACAUGGAAUGAGACAAUUGUGGACGGAUUCCAGGUUGUUACGGGAGCUAAUCUCACAGAGUCAAACCGCACGGGAAUUAUGCCAGGACCACCUGCGGAUGCACUCAAUGAUGCUGGUGGGCACUUUCUUCAUCUCCGUCUAACACCUGAAACGGGUCAACGAAUUCUACGCUCUCCAGUUUUCAGUACAACCCGCGAGAAUUGCUACUUACAGAUGUUUAUCCAUCAGAGCUCUAUGAGCCUCAGUAGCAUACGCCUCGUGAUUGAACCAGUUGGUACUCAAGAAUCGUCUUGGGUUAUUUCUGAAAUUGCUGGUAAUGAUUUACGACGCUGGGAGCUUAAUCGGUUCCGCAUAGAUCGUGUCUCCAAGGAUUUUCACAUUGUCUUCGAAGUUGUACCAAAUGGACUGGGUGGCCGAUCACGGGGGCAUGUGUCUAUUGAUAAUUUGCAGAUGGUUAAUUGUUUCGCUGAAAACCCCAAUGGGGGUAAUUGUAGCCUCAAUCAGGUCAAAUGCAAUUCCAACAAGGUAUCCGUUUGUAUUGACUUUCAACGUAUUUGCGACAUUUCCGCUGAAUGCGAUGAAAGCGAAGAUGAAAAUCUCAAUUGCGAUAAAAUUCCCUUUGGAGGGCGAUGUGACUUUGAAAAUGGUUGGUGCGGUUGGCAAAAUUCCGGUAAAGCAAUCCUAGUAUGGAGUCAUCAUACAGGCCCGACGCCAACAGAUAAAACGGGUCCCGAUUCGGACCAUACUCAUUUACACAUGAACGUCACGGGUCAUUACAUGUACGUCAAUAUGAAUCAGCACGUGAAUGAUGGGGAGAAGAAGAAGCUCGUUGGCUUCGCGAGUAAUGCUGUGAUGAACAGUGUGGUCUUUAAUCCACCCCCAUCCGUACAUUCUAAUGCAAGUUCCCCGUACAGAAAUACAUGUAUGAUUCGCUUUUACGUACAUCAGUAUGCUCUAAAUCCGGGAAGUAUUAAUUUGUCAGUGGUUGAGAUAAAAGAUAAAGAAAAUGUUACAACAACUCUCUGGUGGAGCUCAAAAAAUCAGGGUCCCAGAUGGGUUCGUGUUGAGGCCACAAUGCCCAAUAUAAGUACAAAGUAUUACCUUCAAUUUGAAGCUCGAAUGGGUAUGAGGAUCUUCUCGGAUGUAGCUAUUGAUGACUUCAGUCUCAGCCCAGAGUGUUUUGGCUUAAAUAUUCCUAUGGAUCAUUUGCAUGGAUACAAUUACUGGGAUCCACGAAUAGGUUUACAUAAGCAACCACAUAUGGACUUUGUUGAGAAAACAGCUCUAGAGUUGAAUACGUGUGGUGCAAAAGGGAUCCUUGGGCCCAAUGCUGCUGAUUGUCUCGGAGUUUACAAUGCCACCGAACUCCUUGGUAAUGUGCGUGUGAUUGAAAAUUCACCCCACAAAGGGGUUCAGGUGUGGAAAGUCCCUAGCGAAGGCUACUAUACAAUUGUGGCAAAAGGAGCUGGUGGUGGUCUGGGUUCAGGUGGUGUAGGUUCCUCUCGUGGUGCUAUGGCGGUAACAGUGAUAGAAUUGCAUAAAGAUGAAGAAAUCUUUGUACUUGUGGGACAAAGUGGAGAGCAUGCCUGUAUAAAAUCAAUGGGAUACCGCGAUGAGAGCUGUGAGCCAAUUUCAGAUUCAAGAGAAGACGACCGAUACACUUCAAAGACGCAUAAGGUAAAGAAUACAGUAAUUGAGGACGGUGCUGGAGGCGGCGGUGGUGGUACUUUUGUGUUCUUGCUCAAUGCCGCUGCAGUUGCAGUUCCACUGGUUGUUGCUGGUGGUGGCGGUGGAUUGGGUAUUGGGCGAUAUCUUGAUGAUGAUUUGCAACAUGGCACUGGAAUGGAUGAGAGUCGACGGGAGGUGUCGGGACAAAUACACGGAGAUAUCUACAAGGCGGCUGGUCCAGGUGGUGGAUGGCGUGCAAAGGAUGAUUCGGCACUUGAUUCCCGCUUUGGCGCCUCCCUGCUUGAGGGUGGUCGUGGUGGUUUACCUUGCUAUCCAACACGUGGCCUCCACGGUCAGGGAGGCUUUGGAGGUGGUGGUGGUGGUUGCAUGACUGGCGGCGGUGGUGGUGGAUACUCCGGUGGGGAUAUUCUCAGUGAUUCUCCAAAUGGUCAGGGAGGGGCUAGUUAUAUUGGCAUGAGACGUACUAUACCGGAACUCUCUCAAAUCUAUGUUGGCGCAAAUAGUGGACCCGGUGCCGUAAUUAUUAUUCCCGCAAUUCAAGGAUGUGGUUGUGACUACCGCUGUGUGGCUCUCGAUGAGUUCCGCUCUCUUGUUGCUUGCAUUUGCCCCGAGGGUUGGCAAUUACGCCGAGAUAAUCUCACAACUUGCGAAUUGCUGAGUCCUCGAGUGGUUCCCCUACAGUACUUGAUUAUCUUCUUUAUUGUGAUCUCUUUGUCACUCUUGGCUGCUCUUACAGGACUAAUCUUUAUGCUUUAUAAUCGCUAUCAGAGGAAAAAGCAAGCUACAUUGCGUCAUAAGAUGCUUCUUGAGCAAGAUCUCCAAUUAAGUCGUCUUCGAAAUACAGCUGAUGAUUCUGCACUAACAAACUUCAAUCCAAAUUAUGGAUGCGAUGGAAUUCUUAAUGGAAAUAUCGAUGUUAAAACCCUACCGCAAGUGGCUAGAGAAAGUCUGAGGCUCAUGAAGGCUCUCGGACAGGGUGCUUUUGGAGAAGUAUAUCAAGGCUUCUAUAAGCAUCGAGAUGGGGAUGCCAUUGAAAUGCCUGUAGCUGUUAAAACUCUCCCAGAAAUGUCAACGGGCCAAGCUGAAGCUGAUUUCCUUAUGGAGGCUGCAAUUAUGGCAAAGUUUAAUCAUCCCAAUAUUGUUCACCUCAUUGGGGUAUGCUUCGAUCGUCAUCCACGAUUUAUUGUUCUUGAACUUCUUGCUGGAGGUGAUCUUAAAAAUUUCUUGCGUGAGGGCCGAAAUAAGCCAGAACGUCCGUCCCCCUUAACAAUGAAGGAUCUCGUAUUUUGUGCAUUGGAUGUGGCUAAAGGUUGUAGGUAUAUGGAGAGUAAACGCUUUAUUCAUCGAGAUAUAGCAGCAAGGAACUGUUUACUAAGUAGUAAAGGACCAGGAAGAGUGGUGAAAAUAGCCGAUUUCGGGAUGGCACGGGACAUCUACAGAUCAGAUUACUACAGAAAGGGCGGAAAAGCGAUGCUACCUAUCAAAUGGAUGCCACCGGAAGCAUUUUUGGAUGGAAUCUUUACAUCGAAAACCGAUGUUUGGUCAUUUGGUGUUCUAUUGUGGGAAGUUUUUAGUUUAGGUUUAAUGCCUUAUACAGGCUUACCCAAUAGAGAUGUUAUGCAGUUGGUUACGGGUGGUGGACGCUUAGAUGCACCUCCCGGUUGUCCACUGGCUAUAUAUCGUAUCAUGGCGGACUGUUGGAGCCCAGCACCGGAAGAAAGACCAUCAUUUUCAAAUCUACUGGAGCGUUUGACCACAUGUACACAAGAUCCUGAAGUUAUGAAUGCUCCAUUACCGAGCUUUUUCAGACCACCAUCAUCUGAACGUGAUCAAACAAUAAUGCGACCACCAAGCAAUGAUGAUUUUUGCCUCCAGAUGCCCUCUUCUUCAGACUACCUGAUACCAUUGCCCGGACCUCGAGGGGCUGCUGAGCGACUCCUCUCAGAGGCUACAGGGGUAACCCUAUCGGAAAGUGCAACGACAUAUACCUCCCCAAGGAUGACAUCACCAGCCGUCCCAAGGCCACCGCCUACAGAUGGAUGUUGGGAAACUUCUUUCUCUUUAGCACCACCCGUGGGGGAUUGUGCUGUGCCAUCGGCUGUAACACCAACAGAAGUGAUGCCACCCAAUGGACCACCUGUGGAUAAAUUAAUUAGUUUGGAUACGCCACAACAAACACCCACAACAACGUGUCCACCAAUGUCUUUUGGGCCUCCACUUACGCACCCGAUUAGUACGGAUGGCAUCACGAAGCCCUCAGACAUUAUCCCUCCACCGAUUACCCUCGAUCCAGCCUCACUAACAACUCAAGGAACAUCUUAUGCCAAUGUAAGGAUGGUCGAUGGAGUUGUGGGCAGCCAAACCGCCCCUACGGUUAAGGAUAAGGGUGCACCGUUCACUAUUCAAGGCUUUAGCGAGCGCUACAAAGAGAAUCACUCUGAAAUCAGCUGCUAAGGGCAUGCUGCUGUAUAUGCUACUUCAGGAGUGUUGCAGCAAGGUGAGAUAUAGGUUGUAAAAAGAAAAGUAUAAAUUUAAGUCAUACAAUUGUAAAAUAAAAAAAAAGAAGAUACGAGAAAAUGUGUGUGAUGUUGGGAUAAUUUAAAUCCCUUGCCUAGUUAUGAAAUUGAAAAGAGAUGAAAUAGAAUACAAAAAACGACUGAAAGAGAAAAGAGAGUAGGUAAAAGUGACUCAAAAGGUACCAAAAAGCCAUACUAGUACAAGUCUGGUGUCUAGUUGUGAUUUAAAAUUGGAUUUUUGAUACAUUUUGAGCAUUUUUUUUUAAAUGUUUAUUUGAAAAAAAUUUUAAUUUCUUCUGUUUUGUAUUUUUUCAUUUGAAGAGGAAGCAUCUUCGAAAGACAGAUUGAAAAUAAAUUGAAUUUAAAGUUAAGUUCAGACGCCUGUUUGGGACUCAUCAAAAUUCGCACAGGCAGUCUAGAUGCUAAAACGCUAUCAUAUUUCAAAACCCUUUUUUGCCAAGUAAAAAGAAUGUUUCUGUUUGAACUAGAAAUCACAAAAUAGUCAGGAAUGUAUAUUAAAAACAAAAUAAUAUAAAAAAUAUGUUGUGUAUCAGUAUAAAAAAAACUAUUAUUCGUAUAUGGAAACUUCUUUUUAUCUUCUAGAGAGAUAAGAAUGGGGUUUUUGUAAGAUGUUUAAAAAACUUUAUUGGAAAUCACGAAAAUUAUGUGGAAAAUUAAUAUUAAAAAAAUCAUAAUUAACUGAAGUAUUUCGUAACGAAAAAAAACCUAUAUUAUAAGAUAUGAUGAUAUAUAGUUUAGUAAUGUAUGACAGAAAAUAAUUCAAAUUUCACAUAAAAAUGUACAAAUUACCACGACAAGUUUGCUCAAAAACAAGGACUCAACUAUUUUUUGUGGGAAAUUUUGCAUUGCUUUUAUGAAAAGUUAUUUUUUUUUUUAAUUUUGAGACUUUUACGGAUAUAAUUGAAUAAAAUAUAAACCAGGUACAGAAAUUAUUCUUUAUGAUUUACUUAAAAUGUUCAACAACCACAAAAACAAUGAAAUUUGUUCCCUUUAUAUGAAAAAAAAGAAUUAGGGGAGACCGGGGUAAAAAUAGUCAUUUUGGAAUUUUCAAAUGCCAAUUUCUCCCAAAAUAUAAAUCGGAAAAAUCGGAAAAAAUUAGGGUGCAAAGCCUUACCAACCUAUAAUUUUUGACAGUAAUUUGAAGUUUAUCCGAUCAGUACUUUAGGAGUUAAAAAUGAAAAUAGAUUUUUGGCUCAUUUCCCAAACUUUUGCGUAUUGUGAAAAACGCGUUUUCCGAAGUUUUCUUUCAGCAAUUUUCCAAUCUGAUAAUUUUUCUCACUAGCUGGAUUAGUGCAGAAAACGUUGCCAAGGUGUAUUUUUCACUAACUUUUAAUGAUUUUUCUCUACAAUUUUUUUUGAAUCAAAACAUACCCCUUGGGGUAGAUCGGGUCAACCCAUGUAAAUCAUAUGGGAGUUCGAAAUUUUUGACAUAUUUUCUAUCCAUUUGUUGCAAAAUGGCGUGAUUGAGAAAAUCCCAAAAUUCUCUGUUUUAGUGCGUAUAAAAGUGAAAUUCCUUGUCACGGAUCUAAAGGUGAGAAGUUUAGCUAUCAACUAUUAUCAAUCUCUCAGGUGGAAAAUCAUUGGAAAUGUCGGAAAAUUCGACCGACUUUAUUUAGCCAACUGGUGACUAUAUUUACCCGCCGCGUUUAAAAAUAGUCAGAAGCGGAAGGGUUUAGGAAAAGCUCGAAAACUCAUAUUUCCCGUGGAGAUAGAGAAAAGUGGUCUGAGACAAAGUUGUAGGCCAGGAAAUUUCCUAUAAGAAUGACCUAUCGAGGAAAUUUUCUUGCCCUUGGGGAAUCCUGCAGAUAAGGAUUUAUGCAAAUUGACUAUUUUUACCCCGGUCUCCCCUACAGCUAAAGAAUUAUUUUAGGUAGAUCUUAGAUACAAUGUUUUAUGUUUCUUAGUCAAUUUAUUAUUACCUAUAUCUUCUCAAUGACAAACUGCGCUCUAAAUUCAUCUAAAUAGAAUAAUUUUAGAGAAAAAAUUGCUAAACAAGACAUUUUUCAUCUACAUAUUUAAAAUAAUUAUUAUGUAUGUAUAUUAAUGUAUUCACUUUUUAUUUGUUUAUUUCUUUAUUAAUAAAUAAUACAGGCUUUUUUUCAUAAAAUAUAAAUUAAUAGAAAAAUUGCGAAAACAAAAUUUAUAAUAAUGAAAAAAAUUGCAAUAAAAAGAAGAAAGAAUGAGACAUAAUUACAGAAUGAUCUCAAAAUAGCAACGAAAUUGUCUUGUAAAGAAAUAGAAUAGAAAGAAAAUAAUUUUUGAAACCGUAUUAAAAAAAAAGAAAUGUGAGCAUUAUUAGAAAAAUAUAUUUUUUUAGAAAUCUUGAGUGAUUAAUUUGCUCAAUUUUUAAAAUCAUAUUUAUGUUGUCGCACAGAAUUAGUAAAAAAAAAAGUGGGACAUGUGUAACUACAAAUUAUGAAUAGGAGAAUAUUAUCAUUAGUCAAAGAAAAUUGGUGAAUAUAAGACUGUUGUGUUGUGGUUUUUUAUUUAGUAGAGCUCGCUUUUUUAUGCACUGCAAUUAAAUGAUUUUCUUUUACAUUAUUUAGUUGAAGUAAUAAGAAAAUUUAAUUAGAUAGGUUUUUAUGAAAAUGACAUGCUUAAUCCAUCCAUUUUAUUUAUUUUUAUUAUAUUUUUUUUAAUAAAAAAUAAAACAGAAUUUAUUUAGACAUGCUCUUGUGGGUAAAAAGUUUGGCAAAUACAUUUACAUAAAACACUGUUAAUUGUAGAUAAAUAUAAAAGUAUAUUAGGUGCAUAAUAUGAUACCAAAAAAACAUAAUGUAUCAUUAACUGGGGUGAAAAAGAAUAAAUCUACGGUGAUAGGGUGGUAUUCGUA